AUGGGGUCUCGUUACGGUCCUCGAGAGCAGCGGACCCAGCGUCCCCCAAAUUUCCAAGCAAAUGGGAAUGGCAGGCAGUCUAGGCCAGUGCAGCGUGUCAAUAUGCGAAGAGAAGAAGGAAGCAGUAAUCCAGAAGCAAAUCUUUCUGCAUUCUACAGGGACCGUUUUGGCAGUCAUUCGCCAGAAGAAUAUAUGAAUUUACGUCUCUCUCAUUUCGACAGCAAGAUUUCUAAAGAUGACGUGAAAGAUAUCCUGGAGCAAGAGUUCCGACGUUUCGCUCCAUUUGAGAUCAAAAUUGUACGUCAUCCAGGAGAUGAAGAAAGGCUAGCAUAUGUUAACUUUGAAAGGCCAGACGCUGCUAGGACUAUCCGCCACACAUUGCUUCCUCGUCUGCAGAAGCUUUUAGGAAAAAGGUUACAUCUAGAUCCCGCUGGUAUUAUUAGAGACCAGGAAGGGAAAUACAUUCCAGAUCGAUACAACAGGGCGUUGCAGGCGGAAAGAGAAAGAGAUAGGAAGGAACAAGGCAAAAGGUUUUGUUUGGUGUUGAAAUCUCCAACUAGGGGUCGUCGAGAUCGGAACAACAGUGGAGGUGGAGGAACGUGGAAUCUAAAGGAGGACGAUAGCGAUGCUACUCGUACUCUUUUUGUUGGCAAUUUGCCAGCGGAUAUAAGGGAAAGUGAAAUAAGACGUGUUUUUGAAAAAUACGGCAAGGUUGAGGAUGUGGAUAUAAAGAACCCUCCGGAGACAAAUGCUGCUUACGCGUUUGUUCUUUUUCAGACUUUGGAGCAAUCAAUGAAUGCUAAGGCUAAUGAGCACAAUAGGCCUAUUAGACCUGGAACAUCACGCUGUAAGAUUGGUUAUGGAAAAUCACAGCCCUCAAAUAAACUAUGGAUUGGUGGUCUUGGUCCCUGGACAACUUCUGAUUACUUAGCCAAGGAGUUCGACCGGUAUGGUUUGGUUGAUAGGGUAGAUUAUGAAGAAGGUUCAGAUUUUGCUUACAUACGGUUUGUGGAUCAAAAUGCAGCAGUUGAUGCUUGUCGAGCCAUGAAAGGAUUUCCACUUGGCGGACGUGAUCGCUGUAUUAUUGUAGACUUUGCAAAAGAUGACCAAAAAGAAGAUCGCAAAAGACGGCGCAGCGUUUCAAGCGAGCUUUCUCAUAAGCGAAGGGGCCCUUGCACUCCAUCAGAUAGCCCUCCGGGGUCGCCAUCGAGUGGUGAAAUUGAUACCAUUGAUGAAUUGGAACGAAGGAUUGCAUCCACUUGGCAGGGUUUCAUUAUUCUCAAAAAAACUGAGUAUGCUAUCAAGGUCUUCCGCAUUUGGGGGUCUGAACAUUUGAUUCAGAAUCUGAUGCGCAAUCAGGCUGAAAAUGGCAUCGCUUAUAAAUUGCACAUCACGCAGCGGCUUCCUCUGGCCAGUCAAGAGGCUUUGGAAGAAAAACUUGUCACAUCUUCUAAAAAACAAUUGACUUUAAUGAUUGCAGUAGCCUCAGAUAAGUCGUUGAGGCCCCUUGUAAGUUACCUCACAGAUAAGGAUGCAGCAGGGGUAGUCACCGUUCCAAAUGGUGUUUUGUACGUUUUUGCUGCAAGUAAUAUGGCUGAUCGAUUAAUACAUUCAAUGGCAAGAGGAGUUAAUGUGCUUACGCCAGAAUGUGGACAUCUUUUAUUAGCUCUUGCUCUCAAGGCUUCUUCUAGUACACCGUCAAAUGGCUCAUAG